UACGAGGACUGCUAUUAACAGCAUGCUGCUCUCCGCUUCUCUGCUGCAGAAGCCAGAGUGAUAUUUGUGUUCCCAUAGCAUGUUGUAAAAUGCAUGAGGUUUUUGCUCAUCCUCCCUGGAAAUGAGGAUAGGAAAAUGAGAGCAUCCUGAAGCAGAAGCUGUUAGAAGAGCAUGCAGAAACCUGCAGCAAUUUAUGCUUUAUUUUGUCUUCCUAGCUAUGGAUUAGAAGGACUGAUUUUUUGCAAUGGGCUUUUUCCAUAAUGGCAUUCUUGUAUUGUUUGGUCAGAGCUUGCACAGGAGGAAAGCAAGCUGCUGAAUUUAGUCACUGAUCUCGAUUAGCUGUGGCCUAAGGCUAUGCUGAGAUUUAUAUCCCAUUUGUAUUGUUGCAGCUCAAAAGAAGAAUGUUCAGAGGAUGACAAGUGUAUUCUGAGUAGAUCUCUGGUGGAAGAGGAGGAUCCUCAUAUGAAAGUAUCUCUGGGUAGCAGCGAUAUGGGCGUCUCUGCCCAUCUACAGUCUUCGAAGACAGGAACCACGAGAUUUUUCACCAGCAAUACUCACAGUUCUGUGGUAUUACAGGGUUUUGACCAGCUGCGAGUUGAAGGUUUGCUCUGUGAUGUGACGUUAGUUCCCGGCGACGGUGAUGAAGUGUUUCCUGUUCACAGAGCAAUGAUGGCCUCUGCAAGUGAUUACUUCAAGGCUAUGUUCACAGGAGGAAUGAAGGAGCAGGAUUUAAUGUGCAUUAAGCUUCAUGGUGUGAACAAAAUAGGCCUAAAGAAGAUCAUUGAUUUCAUUUAUACUGCAAAACUUUCCCUUAACAUGGACAACCUUCAGGACACUCUGGAAGCUGCCAGCUUUUUGCAGAUUCUACCUGUUUUGGACUUCUGUAAAGUGUUUCUUAUCUCCGGGGUUUCUUUAGAAAACUGUGUUGAGGUUGGGCGAAUUGCCAACACAUACAAUCUCACAGAAGUGGAUAAAUAUGUUAAUAACUUCAUCCUGAAGAACUUCCCUGCAUUAUUAAGUACUGGUGAAUUUGUGAAACUCCCCUUUGAACGUCUUGCCUUUGUGCUUUCAAGUAACAGCCUUAAGCACUGCACUGAGCUCGAACUCUUCAAGGCGGCUUGUCGCUGGCUGCGGUAUGAGGAGCCUCGGAUGGAGUAUGCUGCAAAGCUAAUGAAGAACAUCAGAUUCCCGCUGAUGACACCCCAGGAUCUUAUUAACUAUGUUCAGACAGUGGACUUCAUGAGAACUGACAACACCUGCGUAAACUUGCUUUUGGAAGCUAGCAAUUACCAAAUGAUGCCGUACAUGCAACCAGUCAUGCAGUCGGAGAGGACUGCCAUCCGGUCGGACAGUACUCACUUGGUGACAUUGGGGGGAGUGCUGAGGCAGCAGCUGGUUGUCAGUAAAGAAUUACGGAUGUAUGACGAGAAGGCCCACGAGUGGAAAUCGCUUGCUCCCAUGGAUGCACCAAGGUACCAGCAUGGCAUUGCUGUGAUUGGAAACUUUCUCUACGUAGUUGGCGGCCAGAGCAAUUACGACACAAAAGGAAAAACCGCGGUUGACACGGUCUUCAGAUUUGAUCCCCGCUAUAACAAGUGGAUGCAAGUUGCAUCUUUAAACGAGAAGCGUACCUUCUUCCACCUAAGUGCCCUCAAAGGACAUUUGUACGCCGUUGGUGGUCGAAACGCAGCCGGUGAGCUAGCUACUGUGGAGUGUUACAAUCCCAGAAUGAAUGAGUGGAGCUAUGUCGCAAAAAUGAAUGAACCCCACUACGGCCAUGCUGGAACCGUGUAUGGGGGAUUAAUGUAUAUUUCAGGGGGAAUUACCCACGAUACUUUCCAAAAGGAACUUAUGUGUUUUGACCCUGACACAGACAAAUGGACUCAGAAAGCUCCGAUGACGACAGUCAGAGGUCUGCAUUGCAUGUGUACUGUAGGAGACAAGCUUUAUGUUAUUGGUGGAAAUCACUUUAGAGGAACAAGUGAUUAUGAUGAUGUUCUAAGCUGUGAAUAUUACUCACCAACUCUAGACCAGUGGACUCCAAUUGCCGCCAUGUUACGUGGGCAAAGUGAUGUUGGGGUUGCUGUCUUUGAAAAUAAAAUCUAUGUUGUUGGAGGAUACUCGUGGAAUAAUCGGUGUAUGGUGGAAAUAGUUCAGAAAUACGAUCCAGAAAAAGAUGAGUGGCAUAAAGUGUUUGACCUUCCCGAAUCGCUUGGUGGCAUUCGAGCCUGCACUCUUACUGUUUUCCCCCCGGAGGACAAUACAGGGUCACCUUCUAGAGAAUCUCCUCUUUCAGCACCUUAGAAACAUCCUUUGACUUACGAUGUUGUAGUAAUACCUUUGCACUGCAUCAUGGAGUCUAUUGUUUUUCUUCAGUAGUUUCUGUUAGGCUUAGCCUACAGCAGUUGGUACAAUUACUGGAAAAAAAAAAAAAAAAGACUUUAACGUUACUUGUGCUGUUUGUUUGGCCUAGAAUGUUUAUCAAGUGGUAAUAAAAAGAGAGAUGUACUCACCAGAGCCAAAUGUUUAACAAAUGAGAAACAAAAUAUUGUCUAUAAAAUGUAUGAAUUAGGGUAUGUUUUUCAUGUUGUGUAUUGGGUGUGAGGUAUCUUAUAACUUACAUCUGGAAGCCCAAUGAGUUGAAUUGGAAGAGUUUGUAUUGAACACGUUCUUUCACUAAAUUUCCUAAUGGAAUCCUUUUUUCUUUAAUUUUGGACUGCAGAUUACAAAGGGAGGUAGACUACAUCAAUGUGAACUCUUGACAAAAGGUUGCCAACGGGCCUGAGCUACCUCCCUCUUUUCAGAGUAUUUUUGACAUAUCUGUUUACCCACCUGACUUUGUGGGUGCUUUCAGAGCAUAUGGAGUUUCUUAGGCAGAUAGGAGAAAUAAAAAUAAUUUUAAAAUAUUAAUACUACAGGAAGCGGACCUUGUAAAGGCCGGGUGUUUUUUAUAACAUAUUGAGUGUUUUUCCUGAGUCAGUUGAGUGAUGCUUCAAACAAAAGAUUUAAAAUGUUUGGGUUUUUUAAAUUUGGGUUUUUUCAGGAAUUGGCUUCCGCUUGCAUGGGAGCACACACUGUUAACAAAUGGGAAUUCAGUGCAGUUGUAUGUCCUGCUGUAUGCCUGUACUGAAUAUAGGUAGAUAAGGGCUAGAAACAUUAACUUAAGCCACUGAAUUUGACCAAAUCGUUCCACCAGAUCAAAUUUAAUCUACCUUUUCUCCUUUGCUGUUGAGAUAACUUGCAUAUUAUGUGUCCUCUGUAUAGUCU